AUGGCCCUGAGAUGGUUCAAUGGGUUACGAAAAGGUUCCAUUCGCAGCUUCGUCGAGUUGAUCCAAGAGUUCGGCAAUAGAUUCGUGACAUGCAGCCGAGUGCCGCAACCAGUGGAUGUGCUACUUUGCAUAAAGAUGAGGGCCAAUGAAACCCUUCGGAGUUACGCCAGUCGAUAUUGGGAACUAUACAACGAGAUCGGUGGGGGAAAUGAGAAGAUAGCAGCAAACACCUUUAAAAUGGGGCUCCCCAAGGAUUCAAAACUACGAGAGUCACUGACAAAAAGACCUCUCGAGGAUAUGAGGCAACUUAUGAGGAGCAUUGAGGAGUAUAAGCGUUUGGAAGAUGAUCGGCUGCAGAAUAAUUGGAAGGCCCUAUUACUCGGAAAAUCUCGGCAGGGCAUUAUUUCGGCAAGACCAAAAAAAGAUUUCAAGAUGCAGGAAUCAGAAGCGGAAAUUGAAGGAGUUAAUGUGGCGUUCAAAGAGCCGGUGCAUAAAAUUCUAGAUCAGAUUAAGAACGAAUCGUUCUUCAGGUGGCCGAACAAGAUGGGGAGUGACCCAUCUCGGAGGAAUCAAAACUUGUACUGCACAUACCACAGGGAUAAAGGGCACACCACCGAGCAAUGUCGGGUAUUAAAAGAUCAUCUGGGGCAACUAGUAAAGGCAGGGUAUCUGAAAGAGUUCAUAGUGGAUUCCGUAGACCAAGAUGUCGGCCAGGGUGUUCAGCAGAAAAGAAAUCCCAUCCCACCACCUCUGGGAGUGAUCAAAGUCAUCGCUGCCUCAAGAGAUGCGGCCACAGCUAAGGGAGUAUUGACAGUGGCCUGUGCGAAAGGAGAAUCACCCGAGAAAAGGAUGAAAGUUGGUCGGCUAACAAUCUCUUUUGACGAGGAAGACUUGGAGGGGACGAUCCAACCUCAUGAUGAUGCGUUGGUAGUAACAGCACGGAUAAGCGGGUUCUUGGUGAAAAGAGUGAUGAUAGACCAGGGAAGCGGAGCUAACGUAAUGUACCCAGAUUUGUUCGAGGGGCUCGGAUUGAAGAGCCAGGACUUGGAGAAAUAUGAUAUGCCGCUGGUCUCGUUUGACGGAAGAGUCGUGAUCCCCGAAGGUCAGAUUUCUCUCUCGGUGGACAUGGAAGGCAAGGAAGUAAUGGUGACCUUCAUAGUAGUCAAAUCGUUCUCGUCGUACACUGCAAUCUUGGGAAGGCCGUAG